AUGGCCACGACUUCUAUUGUGACAGAGGACUCAUUAGAGGUGAAACACGUGGACCAAGAUGGGGAUGACGGCAAACUCGAAGUGACUGCAGAUCGUGAAGAGUACUUCGUCAAGGCGUUACACACAUAUUACUGUACUUGCGGCCAGAUGGCGCUAAUUUCUGACACAUUGUUGAAGCGCCUCCCCUUUCGAACACGGGACGGUUCUCGAGUGAUCGACCCGCUACGGACGACAGCUAAAUUUUUUGCGACUGCCGGCGAUACGGUUUAUGUCAAGAGGGAGGGACUCGGCCUGGAGCAGCAAUAUCGCAAAAAUUGCAAGGGAUGUAAUGUGCCCUUAUUUUAUCAACAUCCAUUCAAGAAAUCUACUUUUAUCUUUCAGGAUGCAUUACUCUCAUCGGCAGAAGUCGGCGGAUUCUCGGGUCAGAAUGAAGAGCAGCGAACGAAGAAGGUGGUGAUGCUGAAGCACGUGAAGAAUCACGGCAAACAAGGCUCCGUCACCGUGUCGACCAUUGAGGAGGAAGAGGAGGAAAUUGAAGCGCGCGAAACCGAGGAAAGCUACACACUGAACGCUCGAAUCAUCCAGGAGGCGAUGAAGAGGAAAAAUGUUAUUACUGGUGCUUCAAAACGUGCGGAGGCUGCUGCGAUGGGCCCGCCAAAGAAGGUCAAGAAGGGCUCUCUGCUA